UAAAUGAGAAUUUAACUCAAUUUUUAUUACAUUACAUUCGUCCGUCUUGCCCUCCGUCUGUUGUGUUUUUGUAUACGUGUGUGUGCGUGUAUGUGUGAGUGUUGUGUUUGGCUGCUCCGUGUUUUGUUCAAUUCCGGAAAUCAGAAACUUUGCGCUUCCGUUGACGCUUAACGGAUAUUUGGCAGCUUAGUACCAGGCUCAGCUCAACUCAGCUCAGAUCGAAGCAUGGCCGACGAGGGAGAGGGAGAGAAGGCCGACAAGAAAGUCGUGCACGUCUAUCCGCUAGUCAAGCACUCUGAUAUGAAGGAAGAAAUGCGUCACGAAGUCAUUGAAUUAAGCGUUGCAGUCUGUGAGAAAUAUUCCUCCAACUAUGAGAUGGCGGCCAAAACGAUCAAGGAUACGAUGGACAAAAAGUUUGGCAUCUAUUGGCAUGUGGUUGUCGGCGAAGGCUUUGGCUUUGAGGUCUCCUACGAGACGGAGAACAUCCUGUAUCUCUUCUUUGGCGGCAAUCUGGCCAUUGUGCUCUGGAAGUGCUCCUAAAGCAGGUCAAACGAAUCCAAACAACCAACAACUAUCACAACCAACCAACCAACCAACUAACCAACAGAUGUACCUAGAAACCAAAACGGAACCAAACGAAAUUUUUGUAUUACUUAACUUGGCAUAUUGUUAAUGUUAUGUAUUAAGUUGCGCCAUUUGAUGAAGUGAGUGAGUGAGUAAGGAAUUAAAUCGUUGUGCCACGAA